UAGUCCUAGUGUGGAAACCGGCGCAUCCAAUCUCUUUCGGGGGCAGAACUCGCGCGGAGUUUAGAAACUGUGUACCCGUCGGUGGCGGGAGAGGCUGCAGGCACUCAAGGAUAAGCGACAUACUUCGUAUAAUUGAAUGUUUACUGCCGAGAGAGUGACAGCGGGGCGACGCUCACUACUUUGAGAGGAAAUAGAUUUUGGUGGAGGGAAACGCAAAUGGAGGAUUUCGGUGUUUAUGCGGUUUUCGGGGUGAACGGACCGCCUCAACGACUACUGAGUGCCCAUGGUUCGUGCAAGGUCCGUGUUGCAGUUCCCCCAAGUGUCCACCAGGUGGUGUUGUUCAGUAGCGGGCCGUGGGGGCAAAGGAUCUGCGUCAACGCGGAGCUCAACGAUGCUGAGCGGAUGCCCAUCACCAUCGGCAAACUGACUCCUUAUAACAGGUGUCUGUCAUGGGAGCAGUGGGAGGAGGAGACGUGGACAGACAGUGUGACACUGGAUGUGGCUCUGGAGGGAGGAAACCAGGGAAAAUCAGUUUCGUCAGAACCAGAACUCGUGCUUGCCAUGACGGAAUACACACCAAAGGAAACCAUAGCUCCUCUCACAUCCCAAGAGCACAAGGGCAAAAGGAAGAGGGCACAGAUGAGUGAUGAAGACGAUGACGAAAAUAAGGAUUUGAAGACAGGAGAGGAUGAGAACUUGUGUCCCAAUGGUUCCAAGACCACACCAAUACGAAAAGCCAGAGGUCAAGCCAAAGGGCAGAAGCUGCUCAGCAGUGGAGGAGAUGCAACCAAGAUAAAGGGGACUGCUAAUGGAGAAGAUGCGCAAGGAAUUGUGGGAAAAACACCUCCUCACAGUGCAGCCAGGGCGAAGAGUAGGCAGGCCAGGACACCCACACAGGCCGUUGCCGCUCUGAUCAGCCCAUCAGGACGCUGGGGUCAGACGCUGUGUCCCAUUGAUGCUCAAACAGCCAUUCUUGCUGGAGGACAGGGAGCCAGGAUGCACUUCUGCAAAGAUCCCAUGUGGAAGCUUUGCACUGAGGACAUGUCCUGGGUGGCCGCAGAGACUCUGGCAGAGGGUCCAACGCCUGAGGCCAGAAUCGGCCACACCUCUGUUUUUGACCCUGCCUCAAAGCGUAUAUUUGUGUUUGGAGGUUCUAAGAACAAGAAGUGGUUCAAUGACGUUCAUAUUCUGGACACGCAGACAUGGAAGUGGUCGAUGGUGGAGGCUCAGGGUAAGGUUCCUCCUCUGGCCUACCACAGCUGCAGCAUGUUUCGUGGUGAACUCUUUGUGUUGGGCGGAGUCUUCCCUCGUCCCAACCCGGAGCCAGACGGCUGCAGUGACUCGCUGUACAUCUUCGACCCCCACCUCUCCAUCUGGUACGAGCCCAUAGUCACAGGAGACAAACCCUCCCCUCGCUCCGGCCAUUCUGCAUGUGUGAUGCAGGAGAGGAAGAUCUAUGUCUUUGGUGGAUGGGACACUCCUGUAUGCUACAAUGACAUGUACAUGUUGGACCUCGGUCUGAUGGAGUUUUCUGCAGUGAAAACAAAAGGAAAAGCUCCCUCUCCUCGAAGCUGGCACGGCAGCGCUGUGCUCUCGGACACAAAGUUCCUGAUCCACGGAGGCUACAAUGGAAACAACGCGCUCAGUGACGCCUUCAUCUUUGAUACAGACUCCAACAGCUGGACAGAGGUGAAGCUCCCUCAGCUGGCUGUUCCCAGGGCGGGCCACUCCAUCAUUACAAUGGAGACGGGAGGUCACCCCCGUUUCUCAGAGAAUGACGGAGACGCGGCUAUGGACCCCGUCCCCGUCGGUGGAACGUUGUUGGUGUUCGGAGGCGGUGACAACGAGGGUAACUUCUACUCUGACCUCACCACCGUCGCUGUGGAGGAGCUGCUAGGUGCCGUCUGAAGAGCGAGUCAGAGGUGAAUCCUCACUACCUGAGAGGAUGAGGAGCUGUUUAUCAACCACCUCCAUUAUUAUUUAUACCCCUUUUCUUAUUUUAUCUGUGUAUAGAAAUGGUUGUGAUUAUAAUUCUGCAGAAUUGUGUUGAAUAUGGAUCUUAAAAUAUGUAAUCAGAUUUCUGGUGUAGUGGAAAACAGAAUUUAAGAAAUGUCUUAUAACAAGAUUUUAUUUUUGUUAAAUGAAAUAUAGAGCCUUGAAGGCUGUUAUUUCAGUUUUUAUGAACAUAGUUUAAAAGUUCUUUCUCAGGUAAAAUUUACAUUUCUAUUUUGGUGCAUUGCAUAUGUGCCUCUUGGCCUGUUUGUUAUUGAUAACAGAGGCUGCCAGUAUUUGAAACUUGGCCUCUACAUAGCUGUAAGUGCAUGAAGUGUAUUCUAUUAAUUACGAGGUGUUUGUAUCUGUGAUCUCCUGAUGUACGACUUAUCAAGACUUAAUAAACAGUUUUUAUGGA